GCGGGAUCCCGAUGCAGGACAAUAGAGUCUACACUGCUCAGCCAGUGAUAGUGUCCAUGCCUGAGCAAAAACUCAAUGAUGAUAUACUUUUUUCCACAUUCAAUCUUCACUUCUGUAACCCAUGCUGCCUUGGGUUUGGGGCAAUUUACAACUCAAUAAAGGCCAGGGACAGCAGAUUGCUUGGAGACUACGCAUCGGCACGGUCUUAUGGCAGUAGAGCUCGAUGCCUAAAUGUUGCUGCCAUCAUUAUAGGUGUCAUCGUUGUGAUUACCGGCAUCAUCAUCUUUUCCCAGACAUUGAGUCAACUCACAUCAAGAUUUCAUCGUCUUUAACUCCCCCAAAGAAUUCAUGUCUGAAUGCAUUUCAAGGCU